GACGGGCGCGGGGCUGCGAGACGGAGCGGCCGCCAUCGUGCAUGUGCGGUGAGGACUGAGCAUCCCCGCAGCGCGGAGCCGGCAGGAGCGGAGGUAACGCGGGCAGCCGCGCCGGUACAGUCGCCCGGAGCCGCCGUGCGGGGCCGGCUGGGCGGCGGGCAGCAGGGUGGGGACCUCUCCGCAGCACCCGGGUUCGCCGCAGGUGCGGGAGCCGUGCGGGUUUGUCGCCGGGGCGCUGAGGGGCUGCGCUCGGCCCGCCCGGCUUCUGCCCCCGCCCUGAGGCGCGCGGCGGCCGCCGCGAUUGCAGCCGGCGCUGCCCGGAGGGCGCGGAACGGCGCCGAGUUCGGCUCCUCAGGGAGGGGAGCGGCCCCAGCAGCGUUCUUCUCGCGCUCCCCGGGCAGCUCCUGCGCUCCCCGCGGUGUUUACCGGGGCGCGGGGUGUCGUGGACACCACAUGGGGCCAUGGCCGCGCUGCAGCGGCCGCUGUGGGAGCUGAGGUGUGUUGGCGUUAUACACUGGCGGUACUGGGACUGCCGUGGCCUCUGUGCUGGGCGUUGCAGCUGUGUUUGUCCAGACAUCCCCUCCUAGCAGCUGCCCCGCGCCCUCCCGACACGAUUGGAGUUCAGAGCCGUGGAGAAUUCACAGCCCUUCCACGAUGGGAGAAAGGACAGACUGUGCUAAGUCUCAUAGCUCACUGGCUGAAUACAGCCCUGUCAGUAAAUCAGACAAGACAGAUCCAAAUGACCACUCUGAAAUACAGGAUGGAAACCAAAACACAAUGCAACUGAAGAAAGAAAUAUCUUUGCUAAACGGGAUAAGCCUGAUAGUAGGCAACAUGAUUGGUUCAGGUAUCUUUGUCUCACCCAAAGGAGUUCUCAUCUACAGCAAAUCUUAUGGAUUGUCUCUAGUAAUUUGGGCAAUUGGAGGGAUUUUUUCAGUCUUUGGAGCUCUCUGCUAUGCUGAACUUGGAACCACUAUUACAAAAUCAGGAGCCAGUUAUGCGUACAUCUUGGAGUCUUUUGGGAGCUUCAUUGCUUUUAUUCGUUUGUGGACCUCACUUCUAAUUGUUGAGCCAACUAGCCAGGCGGUUAUUGCAAUCACCUUUGCUAACUACAUAGUUCAACCUUUCUUCCCAUCUUGUGAUCCUCCAUAUAUUGCUUGUCGUCUCAUAGCAGCUGCUUGUGAGUGUCUUCUAACAUUCGUAAAUUGUGCCUAUGUAAAAUGGGGAACACGGGUGCAGGAUAUAUUCACUUAUGCUAAAGUUGCUGCUCUUAUUGCCAUCAUCGUAACUGGAAUUGUUAAAAUAUGCCAGGGAUAUUCAUUGCACUUUCAGAACUCUUUUGAGGGAUCUUCUGUUGAUAUAGGAGACAUUUCCCUGGCACUCUACUCUGCCUUGUUCUCUUAUUCUGGUUGGGAUACACUCAAUUUUGUGACCGAAGAGAUCAAAAACCCAGAAAGGAACUUGCCGCUGGCUAUUGCUGUGUCUAUGCCAAUUGUGACUGUCAUCUACAUUAUGACCAAUGUAGCUUACUAUACAGUGCUGGAUGUACAAGCUGUUCUCUCUAGUGAUGCUGUGGCAGUGACAUUUGCUGACGAGGUGUUUGGUAUCUUCAGUUGGACAAUUCCAAUUGCUGUAGCCUUUUCUUGUUUUGGUGGACUUAAUGCUUCAAUUCUUGCAUCAUCAAGGCUGUUCUUUGUAGGAUCUCGAGAAGGCCACCUUCCUGAUCUGUUGUCUAUGAUCCAUAUAGAGAGGUUCACACCUGUGCCAGCACUACUCUUCAAUUGUGCUAUGACCCUAAUUUACCUGGCUGUGCAAGAUGUCUUCAAGCUUAUUAAUUACUUCAGCUUCAGUUACUGGUUUUUUGUUGGUCUUUCUAUUGCUGGUCAAUUAUAUCUACGUUGGAAGGAACCAAAUCGAGCCAGGCCGCUUAAGCUCAGUGUGAUUUUCCCAAUAAUAUUCUGCAUAUGCUCAGUAUUUCUCGUGGUUGUGCCACUCUAUAGUGACACCAUAAAUUCACUGAUCGGAAUUGCCAUUGCUUUAUCUGGGAUUCCAGUCUUUUUCCUGGGAGUCUAUUUACCUGCAUCAAGGAGACCUCAGUUUAUCAACAAGAUGUUAGAUGUAGUCACACGAAACAUGCAGCUGCUCUGUUGCUGUGUUUUAACGGAGAUGGACACAAAUGAAGAAAAGAAAUUAGAAAACAAAUCUAACUAAAAUUUGAAAGCCAUUAUAAGAACAGGAAGGAGAGUGAAGCAACUGUAGCAAAUGAAAGGGAAUAAAUGGAACUGGAAAAAGUGGGAAAACUGUUUCCACUCAUCUUUCAGAGUACUUGCAGUUAGAAUCCUGCAUAGACCAUGCCCUCAUGCCAGCCCCUUACACUGAGAGGUAUUUUCAGGGCAUGUUUUUGUUGGAUAAUUAUUACUUACUCAUUUCAGGUACACAAGCUAUGCGUAAAUACUCUCCAUUCUGAAUUUUCUUCAGAAUUGCUAGUAAAAUGGUAAGAGCUAAUGGAUCAAAUCAGAUUUCUGCAGAACCUGCAAGUGAAGUAAUACAUUUUUAACUGAACCGAAAAUCACUUUGAGUCAGAGGACCGGAAGCCAUUUCCAACUUAAUUAUAAUGGAUGUUUGCAUGAAAUGAUUUGCUGUGCCAUCUCAGUUCUUACCCCAGAAGACAACCAGCCACAUCACACCAUGUAAUUUGUCAUUACUAGCAGAAAAAUGAAUCAAGUUGUGCUAGUAUGUUUAAAGACUUCUGUCUCUUCAAGAGAAACUUACCGUUUCCGUAUGCUACAUGGAAAUGUGGCAUAUAUGUGUGGCAAGAAUUUAAUCAACAAAGCACCUUUCAAAUCAUACAAAUUCCUUGAUGCUGAAGAUUUGAUUUAGGAUUCAAUGAUUACGUUUUCUUUCUUUCCUGUCAGGUUGUUAGUGCCUGGUCAUCUACUACGUGGUUAUAUGGAACUUUAAUAAUUAAAAUGUUCAGUCUGAAGCUUGUAA